AUGGCACUAAAUUUGUACAUGCAUAGUCGAAAUCCUUAUAAAACGAAGAAGCCAUCAUUUCGAACAUUAGCUCAAAAGUAUCCUUUCUUUUCCGAAGCAUUUUCAGAGUGUGAAGAUGGGAAAUCUCAUUCGCAUUUUAAGCAACCUAGGUUUUUGGCUGCCCUUGCUCGUGCUUUGCUAAUGGAAGACUUUGGAUUAGAUGUAGAAGUUCCUCUUGAUCGCCUUAUUCCAACCAUUCCGUUGCGUUUGAAUUAUGUUUUAUGGGUCGAAGAUAUUUUAGCAGCAUUAUCCCCGUGUUGUUCUCCUCCCAAGGUAUUAGACAUAGGAACUGGGUCUUGUUGUAUAUAUCCAAUUAUUGGGGCAAAGAAGAAUGGCUGGCAUUUUUUCGCCUCCGAAAUAAUUCGGGUACAUGAUGAUACAGCACCCCCAUUGCAGCAGGUUUUCGACAAUAUUCUACCGUCGCAAAUCAUAAUUGAUGUUGUCAUUGCGAAUCCGCCGUUUUUUGAAAACGUUGUGGAUGCAAUCGGAGCGGAUUCCACUCGAUCCUUUGCACGACCACCUCCGAAGUCAACUUCAUCGGCCGCCCGAAAUGAGAGUCAAACUGUUGGUGGUGAAGUUGGUUUCGCUCGCCGAUUAGCUGAGGAUAGUUUGCGAUAUAGAGAUAAUGUUAAGGUCUUUACAAUAAUGUUGGGGAAAAAACGCAGCGUACCAGCUGUCCGUAGGAUAAUGAAGGAAAUGGGAAUCACUCGAUCUUCCGUGUACGAAAUGUGCCAAGGAAGAGUUAUGCGAUGGGGCUUUGCGUGGACCUUUUUGCCGAACUUCCAAUUUCCGUGUGGAUCUGUCGAGCGCUCUCCGAAUCCAAAACUAGCCGACGUCUCAGAAUUCAAACAGAAGCGUAAAUUUCAUCGACCCCCACUUACCUAUACUCUUCCUCCAACUAUGAGCGUUAUUCUUCAGAAGAAUAAACGUUCAAUGGGCGGUUGUCACCUUCGAGCCAAGGCGAAAGAGGAUACCUGGACACACUCUCGUCGAAAGCGUCGGGAAGCUCUUUUAAAGCAGAAGCAAUCCGAACUUCAACAGCAUAAAGUGUCGCAAGCUGAAAAUGGCGAGAGAAAGCGACCUCUUUCUACCGGUGAUGACUCAGAUCCUGAUGAAAACCCCGCCAAACGCUGUCGAAUGGAUGAAGUCUGCGACGGUGGUAUGUCGUGGAUUGAAGAACUCUGUGAAGAUUAUACAGAUAUUGAUGGUGAGGUUAUCCUGGUAGCCGAUUUCUACGUAGAAUCUCAGCAGAAAGGCUAUGGUGGAGAUUCGAGUAGCGAAGAAGAUGGGGAUUUUUCUAAUUCAGACGAAGAAGACAAUGAAGACGGUGUGGGUGAGUGUCAAGGCCAACUUUGCGAGAAAAUGGACGCAACUGAUGGGGAGAGUGGAUGCGAUCGAUUAAUAAUCAGUGUAAACUGGAUUGCAGGUGCUGAUCGGGAGCAGGCUAACCGCGUUUUGUGCUACUUGAAGAAUCGACUAAGAUGA